AUGUUGAAAAAACCUGCUAAUUCGUCUAAAUCGAAACGUAUCAAAAACUUUUCAUCCUCUAAACCAUCUAGUGUCUCAGGUUCCCUAUAUUCUGGCAAUGCAAAUGCACAACGUUCAAUUAGAAAACCAGGAUCAUUGUCUCCUCUUCGUUCGACUCAAUCAAAAACUAUAGGUGUACGAACUGUUAUCGAAGUAUCCGAAAAUUCUUAUCCACCUGUUCAAUAUCACCCAUGGAAACCUGAAUAUAAACAACUUUUUACUCGAGAAAAAAUCAAAAAAUCAAUGACAAAAGAUCCAUAUACACAACGCAGACGAUCUAUUGCUCAUGCAAACGAAAGUAUUACAACAAAAGAAGAAUGUUGUCCUGAAUUAAUACCAGCGAAUGCUGUUCAUAUUGAAACACCAAAUAUUCAGGGAUGGAAGAAAUUCUUAGGUCAAUUUAUUUCCUUUUAUUUAGUGUAUAAAUUUGAAAUAAUGAAUAUUUUAGUACCAAGCGUUAUCCGUUAUUUACGAAGUAGUGAGUUAUUACCGUCGGAACAACUUGUAUUACAAACUUCGAUGGAGAAAUCUUCAGAAUUUCAAAUACCAUUUGAAACAAAAACAACACUACCCGCUAUUCGUACUAAUAGGACCAAUGGUAAUGCCCCAACUUUAGCAACAGCUGACAGAUUAUUAAAUAGAGCGAAGAUGCGAAUAGAUGCGUCUGUUAUUCGACGACCGCCAAGAAGAUUAAUGAUUAAUGUAACUCGUGAGACGCUUGUGCCAUUAUCAAUUUAUAGCUGA